CCAUGGGCCGCCGGGCGCCGUGAGGAGCCGCGGCCGCCGCCGCGCCCAGCCCCGCCAUGGCUGCCCCGCGCCCCUAGGCCCGGCCCGGCCCGCCAUGCCGAGCGGCAGCGCCGCCGCCUCCCCCGCCGCCCGGCCCGCCGAGCCGCCUCCUCCCCGGCCUCCCCCGCCUCCCCGCCCCCCGCUGCUGCUGCUCCGGCAGCGCUUGGCCGGCCUCGGCCUCCGCCAUCUGCCCGCCGGCUGCGGCCCAGGGCCGGCCCGGCGGCGGCGGGAGGGCUGGGCGGCGCCGGCUGAGCCCCGCGGGGAGGAGGAGGAGGAGGAGGAGGAGGAGGCGGCGGCGGGGGACGAGGGAGACCUGGAGCUGGAGGAGGAGCUGCUGGCCGGGGAGGACGAGGAGGAGGAGGAGGAGGAGGCGGCCGCGCUGCUGCUGUUCUCCUCGUCCUCCUCGCCCUCCCGGCCGCUCCCGCUGCUGCCGGCGCUGGGCUCCGUCCUGCUCUCGCCGCCCUUCGAUGCGCGGGAGGCGGCGGCGGCGGGAGCGGCGUGCGGGGCGGAGGAGCCUGCGGGCAUGAUGGCGGCGAUGCUGGCCCACGCCUGCGGCGGCGGCGGGGCGGCGGCGGCGGGCCCGGGCGGGGAGCAGGCGGCCCUGCUGCGCCGAAAGAGCGUCAACACCACCGAGUGCGUGCCCGUGCCCAGCUCCGAGCAUGUGGCCGAGAUCGUGGGGCGCCAGGGUUGCAAAAUCAAAGCACUAAGGGCCAAGACAAAUACUUACAUCAAGACCCCCGUUCGUGGAGAAGAACCCAUCUUUGUUGUCACCGGCCGGAAAGAGGACGUAGCCAUGGCCAAAAGGGAAAUCCUCUCAGCUGCUGAACACUUCUCCAUGAUCCGGGCGUCGCGCAACAAGAACGGCCCUGCCCUGGGGGGUCUGCCCUGCAGCCCCAACCUGCCGGGCCAGACCACAGUCCAAGUCAGGGUGCCUUACCGGGUGGUUGGGCUGGUGGUUGGACCCAAAGGAGCUACCAUCAAAAGAAUCCAGCAGCAGACCCACACCUACAUCGUCACUCCCAGCCGAGACAAGGAGCCCGUCUUCGAGGUGACCGGGAUGCCCGAGAACGUGGACCGGGCGCGGGAGGAGAUCGAGAUGCACAUCGCCAUGCGCACCGGGAACUACAUCGAGCUCCACGAGGAGAACGACUUCCACUACAACGGCACGGAUGUCAGCUUCGAAGGGGGCACGCUGGGAUCUGCCUGGCUGGCUUCUCAUCCCGUCCCUCCCAGCCGCACCAGGAUGAUUUCUAAUUAUAGAAACGACAGCUCCAGCUCCUUGGGAAGCGGCUCCACGGAUUCCUAUUUUGGAAGCAAUAGAUUGGCUGACUUCAGCCCCACCAGUCCGUUCAGCACAGGCAACUUCUGGUUUGGAGAAACGCUGCCCUCGGUGGGCACCGAAGACCUCGCGGGCGACUCUCCCGCCUACGACUCCUUAGCAACACCUUCCCAAACCAUUUGGACCCCAUUUGAACCCGUAAACCCCCUCUCUGGCUUCGGGAACGACCCUGCCGGUCCCACCAAGCCUCCGUGCCGAGGCAGCCAGCCAUCUACUCCUCGCCUGUCACCCACGUUCCCAGAAAGUCUGGAGCACCCCUUGGCCAGAAGAGUGAGGAGCGACCCACCGAGCGCCGGCCACCAAGCCGGCCUCCCCAUCUACAUCCCUGCUUUCUCCAAUGGUACCAACAGCUACUCCUCUUCCAAUGGUGGCUCCACGUCCAGCUCGCCCCCCGAGUCCAGACGGAAGCACGACUGUGUCAUCUGCUUCGAGAGUGAGGUCAUUGCAGCCCUGGUCCCCUGUGGCCACAACCUCUUCUGCAUGGAGUGUGCCAACAAGAUCUGUGAGAAGGAGACGCCGGUGUGUCCCGUUUGCCAGGCCGCUGUUACUCAGGCAAUCCAAAUCCACUCUUAAAAUAUAUAUAGAUAUUAUUAUAUAUGGGACUUUUUAAAAAAAAAAAACAACACACAAAACACUUCAAGGCAUGGGUGUCAUGGUACCCUCUUAGUAAACUUCCUCAUGAAUUCUGACUGUUGGGCUUUCUUGGGAUUAGGCUGAAGUUGUGAAUAACAAGUUGACUUUCUCCAAAGGCUGCUACGGUAACACUAAACCUAGGUGGUCUCAGUGUAAGCAGACGGCACGUUCAGCAGAGGUCCAGCUGGUGGGAUGUCCAGGGGAAGUUUUCCUCGAUGACACAACACAAACCAAAUGGUCCAGGCUUUCGGAAGGAUCUCUGAGGCGUGCUGGCAACCAGGAGCCUGGGUACCCGUCCCCAGGAGCGCUCGUCUGCCGCCGAGGGCUUGUGGCAUUAGCAAGAUAUCAACCAACACUUCCAACGCUGCCUUCUUUACACUGCCAGUUUUUGAAAAACAGGUUUGGGGAACUUUUUUUUUUUUUUUUGCUUUGUCCAAUGACUUCUGCCUAAUUCUUCAGCGUUGCAAAAAUACCUUCGUUUGGUUCUUC